ACAACACAAAUGAUCAUUGUAAAGUUACAAAUUUUGUUGUGCUUUUUUUUAUACCACAAAUAUUUACAAACAAGUUAUGUUAUUUGAGCGUUUGCGAGUGCUGCUGAAAGAGUUUGCCUGCUAAAAUGCACAGCGCUGCUGGAGGAACGGCCACGGGGAACAGCAGCAAAGUUGUGGCCACAUUGAGAGCUGAUGGCAGUGUGGCAAUGGAGGCACAAUCCCUUACAAACCUCAACAUCAACCAGCAACUGUCCAAUUUGUUAAAUUAUGAGAUUCGUACGGAGAAUGAGUUGCUGCUGAAAAAGGGAAAUGCGCCCGGACCAACGACAGUUGUGGACUUGGGCAAACAAUUGCUACAAUGUGCACGGGACAGCGAUGUGUCCGGCGUAAAGACGGCGCUGGCACACGGUGCACCCUUUGCCUCCGAUUGGCUGGGCAUGUCCGCUUUGCAUUUCGCUGCCAUGAACAAUCAACUGGAAAUCUGUGAGAUUCUAUUGCAAGGUGGCAUCAACAUGGAUGCCAAAACAAAAGUGGAUCGCACCCCUUUGCAUUUAGCCUGCUACUACGGACACGAGCGAAUCGUUAGCUUACUGCUCGCUCUCAAGUGUGCCGUGAAUGCACGUGAUAUGCUUCGCAUGACACCACUGCACUGGGCUGUGGAGAAGCGACACAAGAGUAUUGUUCGCAUCUUGCUUAAAUGCCAGGCGGAUGUCACAUUGAUAUCCAAGUUUGGCAAGACGCCAAUCGCCUUGGCCGUAUUAACCGAGCAGGCGGACAUUUUGGCCGAGCUGGAGGCAGCUCGACAAUCGCAGGCCAGCCGCAAGUUUAACGAGGAAACGGAGAAAGAAACCAGUGAAGCAGUUAAUUCAAUUAUGGAUGAUCCCAAGUCAAUGAAAGGUCUAGACGAUGCCGACAUGUCGGUGGAGGAUAAGAUGGACGUACUGGAAAACCUACGCGGCCACACAAAUAUGCUCGGAAAUUCGGCAUUGAAUAUGUUAAAGACGCACGGCAUUGCAGACAUGAUGCAGGACAAUCAAAUUGAUGAUGAAGCAUCGAAAAAGAUGCUUAAUACGGCACUACGAAAUGGAAGACAGCUGGUUCUCUCCGAGGGUGGACGUAUGCUGUUGCAUGAAACGAAUCGUGGAUCAAAUGUGAAACAAAGUACAAAUGGAAAUAUCAACAAUAAUUUAAGAAAGAACACAAUCGGCUUACAUCCCAGUACAAAUCAAACUGCCCACAAUAUAUCACCGCAAAAAAUCCGUAUGAAUGUCAUCAAGCAAAAGGAGACACCGUCACCAAGUCCUGCGGGUGGCGUUACAAAAAACAAGAAUAUAAGGAUCAUCUCGUUGACCGACUUUAAGAAACUUUGCGAUCAACCCAAAUCAAUACAGAAAAUACCUUCAACGCUUGCAAGUUCUGGAGUGGUGCGCCAACUUGCCGAUGGUACUAAGCUGGUUAACAUGCGACAGUUGCAAUCUCGUCAGUUGAAGCUGCCAACAGUGGCCAGAACUGUGGAAAGUGUUAAUCCAGAAGAUCAACAGCAACUGCUGAGCGAAUCCAUGAAUGCAACGCCAACACUCAAUCCCGCGACGACAAGCACACUGCGUGGUCAAGUGGGAACUGUGCAGACAAUACAGUUAAGGCCAUCGCCAACAGCGGCAACUCCAGUGGGAGCCACAAACAAUGGAACUAUCCAUAAAUCUCCAGGAAAUACCACAAUGCGUUCGAAUUUGCGUGGCGGCAGUGAAGUGAAUGCAACAAAGGGUCCCAAUGUGAUGCCAUUGUUGACAUCCUAUGAAAUAUGUCGACAGCUGCAGGAGCUGCGACGGCACAAUGAUGAACUGCGUCGUCGGGUGGAAGUGGUGCAGAAGGAAAAGGAGGAUAUGCUACAGCGAAUCGAACGUUUGGAGCAAUUGCUGAUGGUUCGUGAAUCCGACGCGGAAAUGGAUUAUGUGGACAUUUAGCGAAGGAUUAGUUUAUUUCGUACUUUGUAAAUAUUCAUAACAUUAUAUGAUAGUAAACAUACUUCAAGUAGUGGAUUAACUAUUUAUACAUUUAAGUUUCAGGUUUAAGAAAACGAAAUCAUUAACAUUUAUGUCUAAGUUGCUGUAUUGACUGCUUCCGCACGUGUUGGCCUACAUUUUGCUAAUAGCAACAUAAUUAUUAUGAACUAAUUACAAUACUUAUUAAUAUUAAGCUAGACGAUAAUGUUCAAGUUUAAAUGUUACAUAUAUAUAACAAAUUUUGUAUGAAAUCCAUGGCAUUUUGUCAAAUGCGUAUAGUACGAACGAUUUUACAUUAUGUAUAUGUAUAUUUUUUACAUUUGUUAUGUUCAUGUUUUAUCGUUUGUGCCAGCUCGAUGUUUAUUGUUAUUUGUAUUUUCCUUUAUUAUCGGCUCUGUCGAUAUACUUUGUUAUGUAUUUAAAAGAUAUAGUUAUCGAUAGGUAUCGGCGGUAAAUUACAUGUGAAAGGGGGUGGCGACCCUAAAUUUUAGAUCAUAAAGA